UUCUUAACUUAGACUGUUAAAAUAACAAAAACUAUCUAGAGCACAUGAUUUAAGAUACCAAAUAACAAUCAUUUACAUUAAAAUACAAACAUUGUUCCCACUCGUACUCGAAGUAAAAUCUGUGGGAAAGGGGUUAUAAAACACAAAAUGAUAUAUUGGCGCCCUCUGGUGGAUGCAGUACGAAGGGAACGCGCAUUAGCGUUUAGCUGUUGUUGGAACGAGCAAAGGCGAACGCGUCGGGCCUCUGUUUCCUGCUUCUGAGCGCUGUGCUUGGGUCCUAACGCGGAGCCCGUGCAGGGCCGUACUGGAGACCCCGCGCCGCCUGCACCUCUAUCGUCUCGGUUGACAUGGAUGAUGAAGAUGGCAGGUGCUUGCUAGAUGUAAUUUGUGACCCACAAGCACUCAAUGAUUUCCUUCAUGGAUCAGAAACACAACUGGACACUGAUGACCUUUUGGAUGGCUCAAGUGACCCGUCCAGCUCGUUCUUCUCCACCGCUGGGGGCCAUGUUCCCGAGGUCCAACCACAGGCUCAGCUGUCGACAAAUGAGCCAGGCCUCCCUCGAGUCAGCGUUGAUUUGGACUUUCUGGAGGACGAUGACAUCCUGGGCGGAUCGCCAGGAGGAGACAACGGAAGCAAUGGUGUUGGGACAAAUCACGAGCCCUGUGACAUUUUGCAACAGAGCCUGGCAGAGGCAAACAUCACAGAGCAGAGCCUUCAAGAGGCAGACGACGAGCUUGAUCUCAGUUCUUUUGGGUUAACUGGUCUCACGCAAGUAGUCCAACCCCUCCCUGAUGCUGGUCUGUCUGGGGUGGGCAUUGGAGGUGCAACUCAGAUUUUUCCUAGCCAAGGCACCCCUAAUGCACCCUCUAAUGCCACCCCAGACAUGCUUGGCUCUGUCCUGGCACAUCCAGGCUUGCAGCUUCAAUCCCAGGUCAUGAACAAGACCAUCAGUGUCCAACCAUUUGUGCAGCCAGUUGGACUUGGAAACGUAACUCUUCAGUCUAUUUCAAGCCUUCAGGCCUUACCAAAUGGAAGUCAGUCCGGAUCGCUGGGCAUUGGACAAAUUCAAGUUGUGGGCCAACCGACUGUAAUGACAAUAAACCAAUCUGGGCAACAGAUCUUGACAAAAACCAUGGGCGGCUACCAGUUGCAUCAACCUGGGGCUGAGGCCGCAAACGCUGGAACACAGGCUGGGCUUGGAGCUUCUGUUUUGGGCUCAGGAGGUGGACUUUUAAUACAAGGUGGCAAGGCCACUCUAGGGUCCCCUGCCUUAAAUGGACCAGCUGUCUGUUUAAGCAACACAAACACCAACAACAGUGGAACGACAAUGGCCACUGCUGGUGGCAUUGUGGGUUUUGGUAAUGCAUCUUUGGGUGCCGGAAUUGGGUCUCAGACCCAGCCUCAAGGCCAAAUCAUGCAGAAUGUCAUCAUCCAGCGAACGCCAACACCAAUACAGCCCAAACCUCCACAAGGGGGUACCAUCCAACCCAAAAUCUUCAAGCAACAGCAACAACUUCCAGCCCCGCACCCCUUGCCAAAUGAUGCUAAUAAGGCUGUCGGGGUGCAGCAAAUCCCUGUGUCCGCUGCUCAGAAUGUAACACUUCUCACUGGGAAGCCUGGCUCAAAUGUAGUCUUGAGCACACAGGCAGCAUCACAAGGAACACAGUUUUCUCAAGCUCUCUUUAAGCAGCAGGGCCCCCAAACAUCAGGCAAACCACUCAGUGUUCAAUUGUUAAAUCAACAGGGCAGCAUUGUAAUUCCCUCCCAAACUGUCCUACAGGGCCAAAACCACCAGUUUCUCUUACCCGGGCUUCAGGCUGGAGGUCAAAUCCUAACUCAGCAUCCCAGUGGUCACAUCAUUACCAGUCAGGGACCUGGAGGGCAAUUAAUCGCAAAUCAGAUUUUGACAGCCAAUCAGAACAUCAAUUUGGGCCAGAUGUUGGCCUCGCAGGGUCAUCCCCAUAUUCUCUCUGGACCCUUUCAGCUGCAGUCCGGUCAGAUGGGUCAACACACGUUGUUCCAAAUGCCGGUGUCCUUAGCCCAAACACAGACACAAGCCCAUCCAAUAACGGGCCACGUACAAACAGUCAUCCAAGGCAUGCCAAUACAGAAUUCUCUCUCAGUGGAGAGUCUUAGUCCGGCAGUCAGUUUACAGACAUUACAACAGUCCGGUGGUAUUCCCAGUAACAGUAGUGGUCCGUGCCAGCCUGGGGAGGGCAUCACAGUACUGGGUGGCUCCGCUGACCCAGCUGCCCAACCGGCGCAGGCCCAACCGCAGCCUUCGAUUCUAACGGUUCAAUCAACACCAACGGUUUCAGUAGCUGCUUCGGCUCCUUCCUCUUCAUCUCCGUCUCCAACUAUGGCCACGUCCACAUCCUCGAUGGUGGGUUUGGGUCAUCAGGCUCAGCACAGCCCAGGAAAGGUGUUGUUCACGUCCUCUGGUUCCAGAAUGAUCCUUAGCCAGGAGUCUCUACAGAUGUUCCUACAACAGGACCAUCAGCAGCAAGCGGGAAAAGACCCACCUGCCGCUGUAGGUGUACCUGCAUCUGUUAUCGUCAGCGGCAGCAGUUCUGGUCCCGCCCCUUCAGGCCAUGACAACUUGUUAGCUGAGACUCGGCAGAGGCAGAGUCCCAGCCCCUCCCUUGGCCCCACCCACAUGGCAACAGUGGUUAACAAGGUUCCUUCAGGGGCACAUCCACAGACCAUAAAGAUCCAAAGCGCAUCUCCAUCUCAGCCUUUGGUCACCCCUGCGCAGACCCCCACCCUAUCCGACAGCCCUCAACCCGCCCAGGUGUCUCCCCUCACUCUCGGGCAGCAGAUCCAGUCUCCUCACCAACACCAGCAAUCUCGCCCUCCCUCACAGCCUCAGCCCCAAUCUCAGACUCCUUCACGCUCCUGCACACCCUCUUCUCUACCCCCUCUCUUUAUAAUACAGAAUCAGAUCGCAGGUUCACCACAAGCAUCGCAGCCAGGACCUCCACCGCAGCAGCCUCAGCAGAUACAAGUGCAGCUUCAGCCUCAAGUUCUUCCCCAGACCGGCAACCUGCAGCCAGACAUACCUCCUUCCUCCUGCUCCCCGAAACCUGCACAGUUCCAAUUCCAGCCAGCUGUGAUGGAGGCCGGAGCGGUGAAACAGCAGAUGACUGUGGUGCCAGGACUGACUGCAGAACAGCAGCAUCACCUUCAGCUGAUCGGUGCGCAGCUACAGACCAUGUCAUCCAUCGCACAGCCUACACCUCAACAAAAGCAGCUUUUGGAAAAGCUUCACCAGGUCCAGCAAAAUAUUCUCCUUCAGGCCAAGCAGCAAGCUCAGGCUCAAGCCCAAGCCUCUCAGCAACAGGCUACAAACCAGUUCAACAAAAUGCCCGAUCAACCUUCAGUCCAGGUCGCAACCUCGGCACCAUCCACCAUCCAAGCUUCGGUCCCAUCGCUUCUGCAGCAGAAGUCUGUGCUUGUCAAGUCCUCUGCCACAGGUGCAAAUGACACACAAACAUAUUCUGCGGUUUCAGCUGGGGCUACGGCGAACCAAGGAAUCACUACACCAAAUCUCUCACAGGCUGUUCAUGCCAAGCCAGGCGUCAUAAGUUCAGUUGGUGGACUCACUCUGGCUAAAGCAGGUUUGCAGAUUCAGGUUUUGGGUUCUGGACUGUCUCAGAUGCCUGCACCUCCACCACCCGCUCCUGUUCAAACACAGACGACAACGUUAAAAAGACCGUUCAGCAUGGAACCAAGCAAAGAAGCUAGGAUGCUGGAACAGCUUCGAAAACAACAAGGCUCAGUUUUACAUCCAGACUAUAGCUCACCUUUCCACUCGUUUGAGGACACACUUCAUCGGCUUUUGCCGUACCAUUUGUACCAAGGCAUGGCUUCAUCUUCAGAAGACUAUCGCAAAGUGGAUGAUGAAUUUGAAAGCGUCUCAAGUCAGCUCUUAAAGCGCACACAAGCAAUGCUGGAUAAGUAUCGUCACUUGCUCUUCGAGGAAUCAAAGCAGAGGCUGGGUCCCUCUGCAGAGAUGGUUAUGAUUGACCGCAUGUUCAUUCAAGAGGAGAAGGUCGCCCUGAGUCAGGACAGAGUUCUGGCCAAGGAGAAACCAGAGGAAUACGUGGCUAAUUCCUGUUUGCUGGACAGCAGUGCAGUCAGGCCUGUAAAGGUAGAGCUGAGCUCUGUAAGAAUCGCACCACCAGCAGUUGGAACUCCACCUGUGGCAGCUACACCAACGCCAGCUGUUGCCCCUGCCCCAACCCCUGCACCUCCUCUUGCUUCAAUCCCCGCUCCUGCAUCUGCCCCUGCUCCUGUUUCUGCUCCUGCACCUGCACCCUUCCCUCCUACUAAACUGGUAAUAAAGCAAGGUGGAGGGGGUGCAUCGGUAUCCUGGUCCACCAGUUCCACCCCUACGCCUGCUCCUGUGGUCAGGCCCUCCAUGGAGCCGGUUGCACCGAAUGCCUCCUUCAGCCGCACUCCGUCCUCCUCCCGGCCUCUUCCUGCUGAUGAUGACGAUGAUGUCACGCUACCCCAGCGAACCAGCAAGCCACCCAUCAAGACCUACGAGGCGCGUCGGCGAAUAGGUUUGAAGCUGAAGAUCAAACAGGAGGCGGGACUUAGUAAGGUGGUUCACAACACCGCAUUAGACCCGGUCCACUCCCAGUCCCAGCUGACACCGCAGCCCCAAACUCCCGAACCUCCUCCGAAAGUCAAGCCACCUGUAGCCCCACUCACCACUGUCAUUAGAACUCCACCCCCAGCUUCCUACUCCACCACCUCAUCCACUGUCACUACAGUAACCGCACAUAAAAGCUCUGCAUCCAGUAGUGCAACUUCCUCUAGCGGAGCCCCACCCUCCUGGUCUUCGUCGAACCCCUCCACGUCCACAGCACAGAUGAACGGCACUCUGGAACACCACGAGGUGGGCGGGGUAAAACGUAAUCCGGCCUCAACGGCGACUCCCCCACAGACCACUUGCCGGCUCCCGCUUCGAAAGACGUACCGUGAGAACAUCAGUCCGCGUCACAGGCCGGGUGUACCGGGGGGAGAUACGAUACCCAUUUCAUCAACAAGACCUCCUGUUACGUCUUCCCCUCAACCACAAAGCUCCUCCCCUAAACCUGAAAGGACUGUGAUAGCCAGUGUGAAACUGGAGAGGCAGGGUGGACACGGGCGGUCCCACUCGCAUCCAGAGUCACAGAGCUUUGCAGCGGUAGAGGACGUUCUCUACCGCGGUAUCAAAAACGCGUACCACCACCACCAAGAGUUCUCUGAAAAAGAGGACGAGGGCGAGGAAGGUGGCGGUAUCGGUCGAUUAAAGGGCAUGGAGGGCAAACAUAGAGAUGGAGGAAGGGGUACUUUCAGGAUGGAUCAGCAUGCACCUGGCCCACCUUCUCUAGGAGAGCCUUCCUCCACAAGAGACUCCUCACUUCCUGCCAAACGCUGCAAAUCGGACUCUCCAGACAUGGACAACGCAAGUUUCUCCAGCGGCAGCCCGCCGCCGGACGACUCUCUGAACGAGCACCUGCAGUGUGCCAUAGACAGUAUACUGAACUUACAACAGGGCCCUCCUGGGCACGGAAGCUCCGGGCGAGGGCCGUUAGGGAGGGUUCAUGGGUCCAACCUGCCUAACCAGCACCAAACCCACCCUUCCUACAGACAGUCCAUGCCUCCCCUUUCCUCUCAGCCCUCUUCUGCCCCCAUGUCCCAGCAUCAACAGGUAGGGGGCCGAGGACAGAAUGGAAAUCUUGUUUCACAGACGCACAGUAGAUAACAGCCCCUUUAAUAGAAGUUGACUGAAAGACUGAAAAAGCAGCAGGUCAAUGGAUACGGGAAGUAAACUUUUCAGACAGUUUUCCCACGUUAAGCUGUGUUUGCUUUCUUCGUCUGUGGUUUGUGCUGAUGAAAUGUGUUCUUUUGGUUUACAUACGGCCCUAUGAGUGUACUUGCUAAAGUGCGCUUGGUAUGAUUUUCAAAAUUUUGUCCUACUUUGUUGGAUGCGAAACUGGGGCCGUUCCUAAGUUUUCCAAUUUUUUUGUGAGAGACGGUCAUUUAAUAAAUCACAUGCUUUUUCUAGUUACUGCAGCACGAUAUACAGACUGCAGGAAUUCUUUGAUAUCAUGAAAUUUGGCAUAUUGAACAGUGCUUAUCUUUUGAUUUGGUUAUUUUGGAUCACUUUUACUUUAAAGAGGCCAGAUUGUUCAUAUAAAAAUGGUUCCCUAUAAAGUGUAAUUAUGUUUUUUGAAAUUCGUGAACACUUCAGGGAGGCUUAUUCAUGCAUAGUAAUGGUGUGCCCUCUCCCCCCAAACACUUCUGGUUAUCUUAUUACAGGAAUUAACAAUGUAGCAUUCACAAGCAGAUAAGUCACCUGAACUGUAACAAAUCUGUCGACGUGAAAGCAUUCCAGCAUUAAGAGCACAUCAAACAAUCACAGCACAGUGAAUUUGAGACUUAAAAUAAAAAGUUAUCUUUGCCUGGGUGACAAACAACCAUCUUUUGCAUCUCUAUUAUAUGUUUAAGUAGUAAGACAAAAAAACCCUCUCUCCCUCCCAUUAUUUUGUAGACGAGUGUGUUCGUGAGAAUCACUGAAAGAUAUCACUUUGGACCGUGCAGAAGCAAACACAGCAGAAGCAAUGACAUGAAAAAAGAACAAUAAUAUUGUAAAGAGAAAAAGAUAAUAGAACUGUAAGAAUUUGAAGUAUAGUACUACAGAUUAAUUUUGUAUUGUAUUUAUUGUGUAUAAUGACACUUUUUAAAAAAACUGUACAUUUAGUAAAACUGUAAAUUAAACCUUUCUUCUUUUAUGAAACAA